AUUUUGGUUUAGAGGAGGAGCGGGCCCCCUGCUAUUCCUUUCUGUGCAGCACGCCGGGAGGAGGCGAAGGUGAGCGGUACCUUGGUAUGAUACAACGGUACGAAGAAAUAACCUUCGAUAACCGUUGGGCGCGAUUAACAGGCUCUCUUUUAGUAUCACCCAGCAACGCCGGCGCAUGCGCCCGGAAGACGACUUUUUCUCCCAAUCGGUCUGCAUAGAACGUUUGCGCAUGCGCGCGGGUUCACGCGUGCCCCCCCACUUUCAAGGGCUAUGCGCAUGGGCGCUCCGAAUGGAGGGGAGUGAGGGAGUUGCUUACCGUUGCCCAGCUUCGCGCAUGCGCACGUCGCCCCCUUACCGUUCCUUGGGACACAAACACGCUGCUGUUGUUGUUUUCUCCUUGCAGCUGGGGGCAGGAAGAUGCCGGGGAAGUUGAAGGUCAAGAUCGUGGCCGGACGCCAUUUGCCAGUGAUGGACCGAGCCAGUGACCUGACUGACGCCUUCGUGGAGGUAAAAUUUGGAAAUACCACAUUUAAGACAGAUGUGUACCCCAAAUCCCUCAAUCCUCAGUGGAACUCAGAAUGGUUUAAAUUUGAGGUAGAUGAUGAAGACCUACAAGAUGAGCCCCUGCAGAUCACGGUUCUUGAUCAUGACACCUACAGUGCUAAUGACGCCAUUGGCAAAGUGUACAUUGAUAUUGAUCCUUUGCUCUAUAGUGAGGCAGCUACAGUUAUCUCUGGAUGGUUUCCAAUUUAUGAUACCAUACAUGGUAUCCGUGGGGAGAUCAAUGUGGUAGUGAAAGUAGACCUCUUCAAUGAUUUAAACCGUUUUAGGCAGUCAUCCUGUGGAGUCAAGUUUUUUUGCACCACAUCUAUUCCAAAGUGUUAUAGAGCUGUAGUAAUUCAUGGAUUUGUGGAAGAGCUGGUUGUUAAUGAAGACCCCGAAUACCAAUGGAUAGACCGAAUCCGUACUCCAAGGGCAUCAAAUGAGGCUAGACAGAGACUUAUUUCACUGAUGUCAGGUGAACUUCAAAGGAAGAUUGGCUUGAAGGUACUUGAAAUGAGAGGGAAUGCAGUUGUUGGUUACUUGCAGUGUUUUGAUUUGGAGGGAGAAUCUGGACUAGUAGUACGAGCCAUAGGAACAGUCUGUACCUUGGAUAAAAUAAGUAACACAGCAUUCUUACCUGCAUGUAAUUCCCCAUCUAAAGAAAUGAAGGAGAUUCCUUUCAAUGAAGAUCCCAAUCCCAAUACUCAUUCAUCAGGACCCUCCACCCCUCUGAAAAACCAAACCUAUUCCUUUUCACCUUCCAAGUCCUACAGUCGACAGUCCUCUUCUUCUGACACAGAUUUGAGUUUGACACCCAAAACUGCACCUUCCCCACAGGGGCCUAGGAUUUUCCUGUUUCCUAGCUCCCCUACUCUAUCUUGUGGUUCCCCACAGCUUAACAAGUCCUGUCUCCUCCUCCCGGGGUCUAGCCUUAACCCUCUUCACUCUAGCCAUGUCAGCCCAUUUGUUCUGAGGAAAAGUGUCUCUUUCACUGAAGAGCUGCUUCUGGCUGCUUCUGGAAUGGGCAGUGGAAGUGCUGGAAAAGAAGGGGGACCAUUUAAAGCUCUAUUAAGACAACAGACACAGACAGCUCUGGAGCAAAGGGAAUUUCCCUUUUUUACCUUGACGGCCUUUCCACCUGGCUUCCUUGUCCAUGUUGGUGGUGUGGUCAGUGCACGCUCUGUGAAGCUUUUGGACCGCAUCCACAAUCCUGAUGAACCAGAGACACGAGAUGCGUGGUGGGCAGAAAUCAGACAAGAGAUAAAAUCCCAUGCCAAGGCAUUGGGUUGUCAUGCUGUAGUGGGCUACAGUGAAUCAACUAGCAUUUGUGAAGAGGUCUGUAUUUUGUCCGCGUCUGGCACAGCAGCUGUACUGAACCCUAGGUUUCUCCAGGAUGGCACCAUGGAAGGCUGUUUGGAACAAAGGAUAGAAGAAACUUCACCUCCAGGUUGUGGAUUUUGCCACAUACCAUAUGAUGAACUGAACAUGCCAUUCCCUGCUCAUCUCACAUACUGUUACAACUGCAGAAAACAAAAGGUUCCUGAUGUUCUUUUCACAACAAUAGAUCUGCCUGCAGAGGCAAUGGUUAUUGGGAAGGGAUGUCUUAUUCAAGCCAGGUUAUGUCGCCUGAAAAAGAAAGCUCAAGCUGAAGCAAAUGCAACAUCCAUCAGUAAUCUGUUGCCAUUUAUGGAAUAUGAAGUACACACCCAGCUAAUGAAUAAACUUAAAUUGAAAGGAAUGAAUGCUCUGUUCGGUCUGAGGAUUCAGAUUACAGUGGGUGAAAAUAUGCUGAUGGGCUUGGCAUCUGCCACUGGUGUGUAUCUGACAGCUUUACCGACCCCUGGUGGUAUUCAGAUUGCUGGGAAGACUCCAAAUGAUGGCGCCUAUGAACAGCAUGUUUCUCACAUGCAAAAAAAAAUAAAUGAUACAAUAGCAAAAAACAAGGAGCUUUAUGAGAUUAACCCUCCUGAGAUACCAGAAGAAAUCAUAGGGUCUCCCUUUCCAGAACCAAGACAGCGUUCCAGGCUGCUAAGAUCUCAGUCAGAAAGUUCUGAUGAAGUUAUGGAACUGGACCUUUCACAUGGGAAAAAGGAUGCUUUUGUCUUGGAGAUUGAUGAUACAGAUGCAAUGGAAGAUGUACAUUCUUUACUGACGGAUGUUCCACCACCUCCAGGUUUUUACAGUUGUAACACAGAAAUUAUGCCUGGCAUAAAUAACUGGACUUCUGAUAUACAGAUGUUCACCUCAGUAAGAGUAUCCAGAUUAAGCAACAUUAACCUGACAAAUCAAACACUUAACAAGAACUUUAAUGAUCUCUGUGAGAAUCUGCUUAAGAGUCUAUAUUUUAAGCUACGAUCUAUGAUUCCCUGCUGCCUUUGUCACGUAAAUUUUACAGUGGCUCUUCCAGAGGAUGAAGUAAUUCAGAUCACAGUCACAGCGGUUGCAAUAACAUUUGACAAAAACCAAGCUUUACAAACCAGUAAAGUCCCUGCAGAAAAAACAUUGCAAAGGGCCUCUACAGACAAUGAAGAGCAGCUACAAUUUCCAUUGGAACUUUGCUCUGAUCCUCUUGUUUCUCAACCAUUCUCACCAGCUAAAGAGGUCCUGGAGAAUGCAAGUUCCCACACAGGUAUACCAGCUGCACAGAGAGCAACGUCAGUUGAUUACAGUUCCUUUGCAGACAGAUGCAACAGCUGGAUAGAGCUCAUUAAACUGAAAGCUCAGACCAUAAGGCGUGGAUCAAUUAAGACAACUGCUUCUCUUGACAAAGCAAGUCCACUGGCUGAAGGACACUUGCGUCACCGUUCUGUUCCACCAUGCACCAAUUCUACUGUCUCGGUUGUUAAGAUGACACCUCUUUCUUUUAUCCCUGGGGCAAAAAUAACCAAGUAUCUUGGGAUAAUCAACAUGUUUUUUAUUCGAGAAACCACUUCUUUACGUGAGGAGGGUGGUGUCAGUGGCUUUCUCCAUGCUUUCAUUGCUGAAGUGUUUGCAAUGGUGAGGGCUCACGUUGCAGCUUUAGGGGGGAAUGCAGUUGUCUCGUACAUAAUGAAACAGUGUGUUUUCAUGGAGAACCCCAACAAAAAUCAGGCACAGUGUCUAAUAAAUGUCAGUGGGGAUGCAGUGAUCGUUGUACGUGAAUCUGAAUUAGAAAUGGUACCAGUGCAACCAUCUGCUGCUGUCUCUCAACCCGCAAGUGCCGGAGAUGUCACGACAUGAAACCAGAAGAAAUGGAAUGGCUCUACCCGAAGUAAAAAGAUCUCUGCAAAAUGUGGGAAUGUUUAGCUUUACCUCUUCAAAAAUCAGUAAUUCUCCAAAAUAUUACAGUCAGCUAAAUCUGAGACAAUCACUAACCUUCGUCCAUCAACUUUACAUAAUAGCCAGGGCAACAUUUUAUUGGCAAGUACCCUGUAAUUCCAUUUUUUUAAUCACUAGCCCCUGUGAAAUCUAGACAGAAGAUGAGGCAUUGAUCUAAAGCAAUUCCAUAGAGCUCCUGAAAUAAAACAGGAAAUUUACCUGUAUUUUUUCUUUAUGUAGUUGUUUGACAGGGCCAGAACAAAUAAUAACUCAAACAGUAUCUGAGUCUGAUAAUGCUUGUUCAUGUUAAUUUACUCUUAGUUAAUUUAAGAAACAAAAACUGGAAGAUAAUCAAGAAACUGGAAUCAGCUGCCUUUGAAUGAGCAAGAGAUCAUGAACUGGUUUAAAAAAAUAUUACCAAAUAAGCAGUCGUCUGAUAUUAAGUCUGUAACGAGCUUUAGCUCAUGGAACUUUGAGAGAAAAAAAGCACCAGAAAUGACUGUCUGAAUUUAGCAGCAUGCUAAAAUGUUUUUUAACUGUUUGUGAACUAGUGAAUAUUUUUAUUGUACAACAUAUUUUUUUUAUUUUAAAUGUUCGAUAUUGUUGCUGCAUUGUAAGCAUAACUAUGGUAAAACAAAAUAAAUUAUUAUAUCUGGUUCAGGUUUUACAAGUUCAUUUCAAUAUUAACAUUUGCACAAUGCUUUUUUUUUUUUUUGCAAAGAGUCUGCAAAAUAAUGUCUUAAACUACUGAAGUCCAGUUUUUUAGGGCAUGAUCUUGCAAUAUUGAUAUAGACAAAGUCAGAGAGACAGUCACCUGCAUAUAUGGAUGCAGAAUCAGGCCCUCUGUAUUUUGCUAUUUGGAAAUGCCUGGCUAACUUGGGUAAAAGAACAGUUAAAAUAUUUUAACUGACAUUAACUUCUGCAAGUCAGGUUUCCUUUCAAAUACUAUAAUUGGGAGAUGAUGGGUACUGCAGGAAAAGGAAACAAUACAUCUCCAGCAAAUCUUUUGAAGACUUUGGUAGAAUAAUAUAAAGACUGACUCUUUAGAUUUGAAGACACGUUCAUGGAAAUAUGUGUUGACAACAUCUAAUAUGGAACUUGAAUAAAUGUGUAAACUUGAAUGUAAAUAUUCUGUGUAGUCAGACCCAAAUAUCCCAUUGUAUAUGAGCAUGAAAAUCAUAUUCCUCUUUGUACAAUAAAUUUCUGUAUAAAACCA